UGAUAGUUUUUUUUCCUCGAAACUCCGGAAGAACGAACGAUAAAGAAGAAAUGUUGAACUCCAUGAAUGUAGCUCUGCUAAUUCUCCUUCAACUUGUAUUCAUUACGAUUGCGGUACAGUACGCAACCGCUGAUGAAUCCUUCGAUGUUCGUCAACAUCUAUCAACUGUAUCGAGGUAUGGUAUUGUGAAGGAUAUAUCUAAUGAUUCCUUUGUGCCUUCCCAAGAUCUAGAUGAAUGUACACCUAUUCAUUUGAAUCUUGUGGCGCGGCAUGGCACUCGUGCUCCUACAAAGAAAAGGAUCAGGGAGCUAGAAGCCUUUGCUGCUCGAUUGGAAGUCCUUGUACGUGAUGUUAAGGAACAGAAGCAGUCUUUGGAUAAAAUUCCUGCUUGGUUAAUGGGGUGGAACUCUCCUUGGAAGGGAAAACGUACAGGCGGAGAGUUGAUCAGUGAAGGCGAAGAUGAGUUAUAUCAUCUUGGUAUCAGAGUCAGAGAACAGUUUCCCAGCCUGUUUAGUGAAGAAUACCACCCUGAUAUAUAUUCAAUCAAGGCUACCCAGGUUCCUCGGGCAUCAGCUAGUGCUGUGGCAUUUGGCAUGGGUCUGUUUAGUGGAAAAGGAAAGCUUGGACCAGGAGGUCAUCGAGCUUUUGCUGUUACAAGUGAAAGCCGUGCAAGUGAUACAGUUUUGAGAUUUCAUGAUUGUUGUCAAAGCUACAAGGAUUUUAGGAAAAGUCAGGAACCGACUGUAAAGAAGCUCAAAGAACCUAUAUUAGAUGAAAUUACUCAUGAACUAGUGAAGCAAUAUGGGCUUAAUUUUACAAAACAGGAUGUAUCUUCUCUAUGGUUUCUAUGCAAACAGGAAGCUUCACUGUUGAACAUCACCAAUCAAGCUUGUAGUCUAUUCAGUCCAGCAGAGGUUUCUUUGUUGGAAUGGACCGACGAUUUGGAGCUAUUCAUACUAAAGGGAUAUGGUAAUUCACUAAAUUACCGAAUGGGAGUGCCGCUACUUGAGGAUGUAAUUCAAUCCAUGGAACAGGCAAUUAAGGCUAAAGAAGAAGGAUAUGCUCCCGGGAGCUAUGAAAAGGCAAGACUACGUUUUGCUCAUGCAGAAACUCUGCUUCCCUUUUCAUGCUUGAUCGGACUCUUUCUUGAAGAAUCUGAAUUUGAACUAAUACAAAGAGAGCAGACAUUGCAAUACCCUCCUAAGCCUCCUAAAACAAGAAACUGGUGGGGAAAUAUAGUCGUACCUUUUGCUGGAAAUAACAUGCUAGUCCUUUACAGCUGCGGUUCAAACAACUCAAGCAAGUACUUUGUGAAAGUGCUGCACAAUGAACGACCCAUUCCAAUACCAGGUUGCAAUGGCUCAGAUUCUUGCCCAUUUGAAGUAUUUAAGGAAAGAAUAGCUGCUCCUCACUUGAAACAUGACUACAACGCGCUUUGCAAUGUGAAUUUGGAACAAAAAAAGAAGGGUUCUGCUCCCGGUAUGUUCUCACAAAUGUUUGGUUGGAUUUUCUCACUGAGGAAUGCUGAUACACCUGCCCAGAAGGUUGAGCUAUAACAAUCUUACACAGUUUCUUUAUUGUCGUUCACCCUGUGUUUUAUGAACUUGAUUCAGCCAGCAACCAACAGAUGUCCUGGUGUGAGAUACAAUUUUGUAUGGAAAAUGUAUCUUGUAUUAUUUUAUUUUUUCUGGUGGCUGAUUUAACCAUAGGGUAGUUAAAAAGGGGAAAAAAUACCUGUAGUUUUCACAUCUGCAAAUCUAAUUGCUGUAAAGCAGUUUUUUUCCAACUGCCUUCACAAGUAUUACGUUGGAUCGUUAGCUCUAAUUCAA